GUAAGAACCCCGAGUUGCCUACGAUUACCGUUUUAGGUAGCAGCCAACAAAUAUUGUGGGACUUUAGAGCUCCGGGUCGUUGCCUCCCCAACGGCAACUAGCGUUUACAUGUAAAUGAACGGGCCACUUUUCGGAGUGCACGUUUCUUCUGCACGUUGUUUCGUUCAACACCGGUCGGUAACGACAUUAUAACUUGCUACACCCUCUUUUGCUUCCAUCACAACAUCUUUGCUACGAAGGAUUGAGCUGCAUCAAUUCUAGCUUCAUCUACGCGUACAUAUCUCCCUGACACUAUCCAAUUCUGAUGUUCUCUAAGACGGCAAUUCAAUCAUUAUAAUCGUAGCACAAGACGGUCUGCUGAGCUAUCGCUGUGCUCCUUCUAGCUUGCUGUAGUAUUUUACUAGAGUAAAGUCCCCAUGGCGGACCGACUUCUGGCAUCAAAGCAGGCCGCCGAUGCAGACGCCCUGACUCCGAGGGAUGUGAAUGCUCAACGACCGAACCGAGCAAUGGAUGCAGCAAAAGGCAGGCCAGCACCUGCUACCAAGCCCGUCCAGAAAGAAAAAGAGCUUCCUCCCCAACCUCCCCCUGUGGUAUACGAACCUCCGAGCUUCGACCGCAAAGAUGGAGCUGCCUACCAGGUCGGAAAAUUGCUUGGAAAAGGUGGGUUCGCCGUGUGCUACGAAGGGCACAUUAUAGGAAGUAAGAGUAGGAGAAAGUACGCGCUGAAGAUUGUCAAGAGUAAAAUGCCGUCCAAGAUGGAACAGAAGUUCCAAACAGAACUUCAAAUCCAUUCCAAGAUGAAGCAUCAGAAUAUCGUCCAGUUUCUGAGAGCGUUUUCCUUCGAGAAUUGCACCUACCUUAUCCUUGAGCUAUGCCCCAAUGGCUCGUUGAUGGACAUGGUUAAGCGAAGAAAAGGGUUGACAGAGCCUGAGGUGCGAUUCUACUCGGUGCAAAUUGCUGGUGCUAUCAAAUAUAUGCACGCUAAAGGCAUCAUCCACCGAGACUUAAAAAUGGGCAACAUCUUUCUUGACAAGGACAUGAAUGCUAAGGUUGGAGACUUCGGUCUCGCAGCAUUGCUGGUCACAGGGAAAGAUAUGCAAACUAUUCGUCGAACGACCUUAUGUGGAACGCCGAAUUAUAUUGCACCGGAGAUUUUGGAAAAGGGGAAGAAAGGCCAUGAUCAUAUGGUCGAUAUAUGGAGUUUGGGCAUCAUCGUGUUUGCGAUGCUUACUUCUAAACCUCCUUUCCAAUCUUCGACGACGGAUGAGAUCUAUCGUCGUGCUAAAAAUCGGGAUUAUGACUGGCCCAAACCAGAGACCACCAACAAAUAUAUCUCACAAGAAGCAAAAGACGUUGUCGCUACUAUGUUGGAAGAGGCAGAGUUACGACCGGACCCUGACACUAUCGUUCAACAUGACUUCUUUCUUUCCGGCUACCUCCCAACAUCAGCUGAAAUUACGACAAAACUGCGCGAUUAUCCACCCGAUGGUGAUCAAUUUUACACUAUAGAUCUAACACCGAGGAUGGUUGCCCAAAACCAGCGUGCUUUGAGGGAGAUGUGCAGAGCAUGUGAAGUUGGACCGUGGAACAGUAUACAAUCAGAAUACAAGAGUACAUGGAGAGAAGUCGCACUUGAAGAAAAGGCUGGGCUGACACCCAUUAUUCCACUCGUCGAAGGCAUCGUUUAUAGGCCUUACGAAGAGGUUAGCCAGGAGCAGAAUCUUGUUAAGGUGCCAUCCCGACCAGUACCGCAGCCAGGGACGAAGGGCGAGGAAGAAGGCUCUGGAUCACAAGCAGGUGCUAAUGGCUUAUUACGAGCUCCGCCUCAAAGCUUUGCAGCACAACAGCGAGCACAAAAUCGGCCCGCAAAGCAGAUUGCUAGUAUACCACGGUCGCGAACAGUUGACGAGAUGCUUGAGCCUAGUGCUAGUGGCACUAUGCGGUCACGUCCUAGGAGGGAGCUUCCCCAAUCCUCCACAGACAAAAAUCUUGCAUUGAAGACUACACUACCUUCCAGAGCCGCGUCACAGGCAUCACAUCGGACUGUAUCAGUGAAGGCGCCGGCAUCGGCACCCAUUUCAAUACCUGAAGAGAAACCAUUGCCCCAAAAGAAACCGAUAGAACGUACUGAGGCACCCUCUAGUACGACUGAGACGCCUGCGGGAACUUUGUUCGGACCCGAAGAACGCAGGAUGGCGGUGCCAGAGUCAAAACCUGAUUUUGUACUAGAGAGGCUUCGUUGCUUGCAGAGCGAGUUAGAGCGCGCUCUUAAUGCGAGAUCAAUGGCGUAUAUGAGCAAGUCGCCGACACCAUCACCCCCACAUAUUGUCGUCAAAUGGGUAGAUUAUUCCAACAAGUUCGGCUUAGGUUAUAUCUUGAAUGACGGCAGUGUCGGCUGCGUGCUCAAGAGCAUACCUGGCAGCGCGAAAGGUGGCAAGGCCGUUGCAUUGCCGCCAAGUUGCAUCUUGGUGAGGGAAGCUGAACAACAUUGUUCGCGACGGCACGACCCGGGUUACCCAGACCGAAAUCAAAUUGUUCCCAUGACUCAAGCGGUACAAUUUUAUGAAAACAACGGCGAGGCCGGUCUGUCCACUGUCUUUGUCCACCCUUCACAGUUCAAGAUUAGUGUUGGCCCGGAUGGUACCCCGGGGAAGAUUCCAGUCGGUAAAGAUAUAUUCGAUUACCGCAAACGAGAACAUCUUAUUUUAUGGAAGAAGUUUGCCAAUUACAUGAUGGCAUACGGCCGGGAUCAGGAUGCCACGACAGAUGAUACUGGGCUUAUACAAGUCCCCACAUCGGACAAACAGACGAUGCCUCCUUGCGACGUAGUCACCUUUUACCAAAGGAUUGGUGACGUUGGCUGCUGGGUCUUCGCUGAUGGCCAUCUUCAGUUCAACUUCCCUGACCAUACAAAAAUCGUACUUGACGCGACUGGAACCUGGUGCCAUUUCUGGCACUUACCGCAAGAAGCAGCGGAAAAGCUAGCUAGCACGGGAGAAUUAGACGAGGCUGCGCUUGACGAACGUGCUGUCCUAUCCUAUCCUUUACAGACACUUCUCAACUUUGCUGCCAAGCCGGCCAUCCGACCAACGCGUAACGCUACGCGCAAGCGGCCGGAUAUUAACCCUAUGUUACAAGGUAUUCCCGCGGCUAACGAUUUCCGCCGAAAAAUCGAGUUUAUCAAGAACAUCAUCAAGGAGUGGGUUACGAACGGCGGUUUAGGUAAUAGCAGGAUGGCUCGCGAGCACCGACAACAGUGGACGGGCGCUCGUGAGACUGUCCACAGCCAACCGACCAAACACGUCUGGGUUACCAUCGGUGCCCGCUGGGGCGACUCGAGAUACUCGGCUCUCGUCGAUCCGAAGAAGCCCGGAGAGCUGGGCAGCGAAGUGGAGGCUAAAACGAGCUCGUAACAGCAGCUCAACCGCGUUUAAUGCCUGACGAUGAGAACGUGGGACCAGCGGCUUUAAUGUUUGUCCGUGCCAUGAGUGAUGACAAGGCGUUUGCAUUCAUCAAACUUCGUUAUAAGGGUUUAGGGUUCAUUGCAUGGCGUAUUAGGUAGUGAGUGUACGUGUUAAUAUAUAUACUUUUAUACCA